CUCACACCUGACGAGUGUGAAUUGGACCUAUCCUUGAAUGGGUGACGCGGACUUUUCUUCUUCUUCUUCUUCUUCUUCUUCUUCUUCUUGUGAAUUGGACCUUUCCUUGAAUUGGGUCACGCGGUGUAAAUAAAUAGAAGGCACCAAAGCCCUCACGGCGUCCCCGUAUUCGUCGCAUCGGCCUCGUUCGCAACCCACCUCUCGCUUCUCCUCGCCUCUGUAGCAAGAGGCGGAGAGCUCUAAGAGAGAUACGUCUCGGUGGCCUAACGCUCCCUUCGUUCGGUUCUUUUGGUAGCAAGCCAUGGCAGAUCAGGUUAACCAUCCAACUGUCAUCCAGAAGGUUGCUGGGCAGUUCCAUCUUAGAUCCAGCUUUUCCCAGGAUAUUCAGGCUCACAACUGCAGCUUUCAUAUGCCCUCUUUGUACGAGAGGCAAUACACAGGGAAAAAUGGCGGCUUGCAUAAUCCUCUGAUGCAGGUUUCCAGUGCUAGCUAUGAUCUCCCUAUGUUGACACCUGUUUCACCUGUUUUUGCCCAUGCGCCUUCAGAAAAAGGUUUUGCCAGCUUUGCUGUUGAUUUCCUUAUGGGUGGUGUGUCAGCUGCAGUAUCCAAAACUGCUGCUGCUCCUAUUGAACGUGUGAAAUUACUGAUCCAGAACCAGGAUGAGAUGAUCAAGAGUGGCCGUCUCUCUGAACCUUACAAAGGAAUUGGAGACUGCUUCGGCCGAACAAUCAGAGAUGAAGGUCUUGCGUCAUUAUGGAGAGGGAAUAUGGUGAAUGUUAUUCGUUAUUUUCCAACUCAGGCUUUGAACUUUGCAUUUAAAGAUUACUUCAAGAGGACGUUCAAUUUUAAGAAAGACAGAGAUGGGUACUGGAAGUGGUUUGCAGGCAACCUUGCUUCAGGUAGUGCUGCUGGUGCUUCGUCUCUACUGUUUGUGUACUCUCUAGACUAUGCCCGUACUCGGCUGACAAAUGAUGCAAAAGCAGCAAAGAAGGGAGGGGAAAGACAAUUUAAUGGUCUUAUUGAUGUCUAUCGGAAGACUUUGGCAUCAGAUGGCAUUGUUGGGCUUUACCGUGGAUUUAACAUUUCAUGUGUUGGAAUUAUAGUCUAUCGUGGUCUUUACUUUGGAAUGUAUGAUUCUUUGAAGCCAGUAGUCCUCACUGGAAAACUUCAGGAUAGCUUUUUUGCAAGCUUUGCAUUGGGUUGGUUAAUCACAAAUGGUGCUGGACUUGCAUCAUAUCCUACUGAUACCGUUCGCAGAAGAAUGAUGAUGACAUCUGGAGAAGCAGUGAAGUACAAGAGCUCACUUGACGCUUUUGCUCAGAUCCUGAAGAAUGAGGGGGCGAAGUCCCUCUACAAGGGUGCAGGUGCGAAUAUUCUUCGUGCAGUUGCAGGUGCUGGUGUUCUUGCUGGCUAUGACAAGUUGCAGCUGAUUGUCUUGGGGAAGAAGUAUGGCUCUGGUGGUGCUUAAGGUGUGUUUUAUCAUAUACAGGGGAAUUCUCACCUACUGGUUUUGCAUGUAUGCUGCUGGCAUUGUCUGAAGGUGGUAUUUGUGUGUAUGGUGGAGCUAGUCUUCUUCGUAAAGUUGAUUCUACUAUACAACGUAAUUGCAGUUUUGACUGGAUAGUUGACAGUCUUGUUAUGGCCGCUUUACAGUUUGUUGGUAGUAGUGAUUCUAAAUUAAUGCCUACUCAUUCUUUGCGCCUGGCUUUCUGUUAGAUGCAACCUUGACGCCGGCAUUGUAAGAAUAUAUGUUGAAAAGAUGAGGGCAUUGCGUCAUGCAUGCUUUACGGGCUUUAUCUCUUGCUGGUUAGUUCAAAGUCAUUAACUAAUAUAUGUUCACUGGAUGCUGACUCAUCUUAUUGAAAUCACUUUGGAGAAACAUGAAAAAGAAAAAAAGUUCCAUCUGCAAUGUCAAAUAUACUAAGAAUGACAAAUAAGGUCAAAAUUCAACCAGCCUUCCACUUUAAUUCAAAACUAUAACAUGAACCAAACUGGCACAAAAUUUAUCAACAAUUGUACGCUUUUUUCAGAAGCAUUUUGACUGCACGCUGAGAGUGAGCAUCAGAAGCAUAUUCAUUGAAUAGAAUGUAAAUGCAAGAAAGAAUCACUCACUUGAAGAUGUCCGCAAUAUCAUAUAUGCAAUGGCCUCUUGGCAGUGUAUAUGCCGGAAAUCACCAAGCUUCCUUCACUGGGCCAAUAUUCUGGUUAUGAAAAUGUUGGGCAUAUCAGCAUCCAACAAUAUGUUGCCAAUCCUAC